AUGCGUCAUAAUCGACUGUUUAAUCCAAUCAGACCUCUACGCUGGUCAUUCCCACCUCGCCGCAAUUAUCACACCAAUCCGUCCUACUUUUCGGCCAUGGACUCUACGAAUCCGCAGCACAAGAGACCAAAGAAGCUGAUAUUUGCCCCCGGCGACAUCGAAGCGACCCCCGAGACCCAAACACCCCGUGCCGGAGAACCCCUCAUCCCAGCGUCGGCUCUCCCUCCACGGGUCGUCGCAGAAGCCCUCAGAUCUGAUACAAUGACCCCAAACACCGAACUAGAUAAUAAAGUUCUGUCGCAUCCCGCCCGUGCUCACCAGUUCGUGCGCAAUCCUCCAUUGACCAUCUCCCAACUGCACCCAACGAACCCCCUCUACCAGUUUCAUGCGUGGUUCCGCGACCCCCGGCUAGAGCGCUCGUCAGCGCCGGAGACGUGCACGCUAGCUACCGCCUCUCUGCCAACAGGACGCGUGAGUGCUCGCGUUGUGUACCUCAAGGAGCUUGAUGAGAGAGGCUGGACGGUAUACAGCAAUUGGGGGAGUCGGGAGGGGAAAGGCGGACAGGUUUUUGGAUCGAGCAUUGGCCAAAACGGCGAUAGUGGUUUCCCUGACUCUAUGCCUUCCGGGGUGGAUGAGCCGCUUGUCCAAGACCUGGAGUUAAAGGAGCAUGGGAACAAGUGGGCUGCUCUGACAUUCUGCUGGUCGGUGUUGGAGCGCCAGGUUCGUAUUGAAGGCAAGGUUGAGCCGCUAAGUCGCGAAGAGAGCGAGAUGUAUUGGCGGACACGGGAGCGCGGAAGCCAGAUCGGCGCCUGGGCUAGUUGGCAAAGCAAGGUGCUUUGGUCCGCUGAGUCGGGUACUCUUGUGAGCAGACGACGUAAGAGCUUCGGGCCCGGGGAGGACUCUGGCUCAAUUAUUUACCCUGAUAUUCCGCAUGAUGUGAACGAAACGGAUAUUGACGAUGGGCGUGCGCUGCUGGAGAAGCGGGUGCAGGAAAUGGAGGCCCGGUUUGCUGAUACAAAGGAUAUCCCCCUCCCUCCGUUCUGGGGAGGCGUGCGUUUGAUCCCGGAGUCGGUGGAGUUCUGGCAGGGUCGCCGCAGUCGUCUACAUGAUCGGUUCCGAUAUGUUCGGAUUCAUGGGACAGAUGAGUCGUCGUAUAAAUGGCGGAUUGAGCGACUUUCGCCUUAG